AUGCUGACUGUUCUAACUUGUUAAUCACUACUGUGCUCUCUUGUGAGGACCUUGAGCUACCUGGAAGAAGAUGCUCCAGCAAAUGUGACCCACGGCAACAUCCUUCAGACAGUUCACAAAACUACUUCCCAAAUAUGAUUCUUUUACUAAGCUGCAUGCCAUUGGGACCUGUGAUCUACAUUUUGAUGGUUGUGUCCUGGAGGGGUCAAAGAAGGAGUACAAGUUCAAGGUGCAAGAUGAUUCUAUGGUACAUCAGCUUGUUCUGAAGACGGUGUGUGUGGGGCCUAACACAAAGGACGAGCUGCAUGUUAUUGAACUGGAAGCCAUGAGUGCAAAUGGGAAAUUGAUCAAAAUGCCCUUGACUUCUCUGAAGCCGUCCGUUCUAACUACUAUGGGUCUGGGUGGAUUUGAGGUGUCUCCCCCUGUCCGUUUCCGCCUGAAGAGUGGCUCUGGUCCUGUUUACAUCAGUGGAGAGCAUAUCAUCGGUGUGCCUGAAUCGGAUUCUGAAUCUGAAGACGAACAUGUGAAAGCCCCCGCCAAGAAGGAGCCAGUGAAGCGCAUACCAUCUUCACCCGUAGCGCCACCCGCAAAGAAAAUUGCAAAGUUGGAAAAGCCGACAAAAGCUAAAACUAAAAGUGACGAAGGUGAUGACGCUGAUGAUGAAGAGGACGAUGACGAUGAUGAUGAUGAUGAAGAAGAUGAGGAUGAUGAGGAGGAGGAAGAGGAGGAGGAGGACGACGAAGAUGAUGAUGAUGAGGAAGAAGAUGACGAUGAGGGUGAUGAAGAUGAAGAAGAUGAGAUUCCAAAGACUCCUCUGAAAAAAACAGUUAAUACUCCUGUGAAAACCAAAAAUCUAGGAGACAAUUCAAAACCAGUGAAAACCUCCAAGACUGCAAUCGCUAUGGAUGACAUUAAAACUAAAAUGAAGGCUUUGGUUGAAAAGGGGCAGCACUUACCGAAGACCAUACAGAAGUUUAAGAACUUUAUAAAAAGCUCAUUCCGACUUGAAGAUCAAAAAGUAAUUGAGGAGCUUUGGACCUGGGGCCAGACCCUGAAGCAAGCCAAGUGAGGGCUGCCCGAAGAUUGCCUACAAUUUGCCGAGUUGAUGGAGGUUCUACAACCUGUUUUGUCCACAGGAUAUCUGCAAACCACAUUUUGUUUGGAGUUGUUUCUAUGUUCAAGUCUUUGGUGACACAGAUAUGCCGUUCUAAAAUAUUGCCAGAGGGAGUCCAAAAAGCAGGUUAAAAUUAAAGGCACAGCCAGUGGAAACACAGCAAGUGUAUCAGCAUCUUAACAAAUUUACUUUAUUGUCACCAAACAAUUGCUACUAGAGCGUACAUCAUCACAGUGAUAUUUGUUUCUGUGCUUCGCGCUCCCUGAAAUCUGAGGUUAAUAUUUCUAACCUAUUAAUUGGUUUUAGAAGUUAUCUACAGCCAAACAUGAAACCCUCUCUUCUUUAGAUGCUGAUAGGCCCAUUGUGUUCUCAACACUGUCUACGUUUCCUAAUUUGAUUUUGUGUAGCUCACAGCCAAUAAAUUCCAUGCCUUUAAAAGCAUGCAAAAUAAUUUGAUUUUUUGUUCUUACAACUAUACAGAAUGCCAUGUCCUUGAGAAAAUUUCUCUUUUGAUAGCCACUGGAAGCACACUGUAGCUCUUGAGGUUACUGGGACUCCUUGGUGUGGUGUUAGAGUUAGCUCUGGGUCUGAAGCUUGUCGAUCCCUGAUCUCUCAACCCCGAGAGCCAAGGAAUGGGGAAGAUUGGUCAGAGAUUCUGCUCCUGCGGCGUGAUAGCGUAGCAGUUUGUGUAGCGCUGUGCAGUACUAGUGACCCAGGUUCAAUUCAUGCUACUGCCUAUAAGGAGUUCAUAUGUCCUCCCCGUGACCGCUUGGGUUUCCUCCAGGUGCUCCAGUUUCCUCCUAAGUUCAAAGACGUGCCGGUUAGUAGGUCAGUUGGUCAUUGUAAAUUGUCCUGUGAUCAGGCUGGGGUUAAAUCGGGGGUUGCUGGCAGCAUGGCUCGAAGGGCUGGAAGGGUUUAUUCUGCAUCGUAUCUCAAUAAUAAACAGAUGAAUACAGCAUCAGCGAUCAGGGUUCAAUUCCCGCUGCUGUCUGUAAAGAUUUUGUACAGUAUGUUCUCACCAUUAUGGCGUACGUUUCCUCCAGGUGCUCCAGUUUCUUCCCACAUUCCCAAGACACAUGGGUUAGGGUGUGCAUGCUGGGAGCAUGGCUCCACUUGCAGGCUGUCCUCAGCCCAUCCUCACACUGAGUUAAUCAUUGAAGUAAAUGACACAUUUCAUUGUAUGUUUCGAUGUGCAUGUGGCAGAUAAGGCCACAUCUUUAUCUUUAUCUCUCCUGGUUAGCCAUCCUUGUGUACAGGAAAUUUUAUCCACACGACGUAAUGAAGGAACUCAGCAAAUCAUGCAGUGUCUAAGGAGGGAAAUGGGCAUCUGGACUGAAAGAAGGAGGGGAGUAUAAUGAGGUGGAAGGAAAGUGUGGACAAAGAUCUGGCAGGUGAUGAAGUGUCUGCAUCUAACCUUUCUCCCUUCAUGAGUCUCAACCCAAAACGGUGACUGCCCAACCCACUGAGUUCCUCCAGAACUGUUAUGUGUUGCUCCAGAUUCCAACAUCUGCAAUCUCCUGUGUCGCCAAAAACAAAUUUUUAAGUUAAGUUGCUGCAGUUGUUUUUCCCAAAGUUCAAUUUAAAGUUGAGUCUUCUCUGGUGAUAUCUUGUCCUGAGGUGGCCUGGAAUCUUUUCAAGGAGUCUGAUCACAACAAAGUUGAAAGUAAAUUUAUUAUUAAAAUACAUACGUGUCACCAUAUUCAACCCUGAGAUUCAUUUUCUUGUGAGGAUACUCAAUAAAUCUCUAGAAUAAUAACCAUAAUAGAAUCAAUGAAAGACUGCACCAUCUUAGGCAUUCAACUAGUGUGCAAAAGACAACAAACUGUGCAAAUACAAAAAGAAAGAAAUAAAAAUAAAAAAAUAUAUAAGCAAUAAAUGUCAAGAACAUGAUAUGAAGAGUCCUUGAAAGUGAGUCCAUAGGUUGUGGGAACAGUUCAAUGAUGUGGCAAAUGAGGUUGUGUGAAGUUCAAGUGCCUGAUGGAUGGGGGGGGGGGGGGGGCUGGAAGUAGAUGGAACUUUUAUCCCUGAACCCUGUCUUUGCAGAGGUUGUCAAAGGUACUACAUAAAUACAGGUCAUCCUUUUUACCUUCGCCUUCUGCUUGUUCCACAAGUGUUUGCAUGCGGGACAAGUGCGAGGUCAGAUGUGUGUGUGGACCAUGAAGGGUCUCAGCCUGAAAUGUCUAACUAAUCUCUCCCUUGGCUCUCGGUGUUGCUGUCUGUGGAUGCUGCCUGUCUUAAUGAGUUCCUCCAGCAUUUUGUGUGUGUUACUGUUUGUGGAGUGGCCAGCCGGUGCUGACUGGAUAGGCUGGAAUGUGAAGA